CCACGCGAGCACAAGUCCUGCCGUCAUUUGCAAAUCUGGACGGACCACGACUUGCUGCACUCGCCUUUCCUGUCCUGCACGACGACGACCUCCUUCGACCUUCACGAUCUUCUUGCUAGGCGGGGCCUUGAUUGGCGCACAUUCGUGCUCGUUGCUGCUUCACUACUUAUCCUCUGAAUCUGGCAUCGGAGCAUCGAGAUUGGACCGCGUGAUUCAUAGGCUGUAAUACGGCCUGCUCUGGACGAGGACGACUUGAGACUUGUCGACCUUCGGAUCCCAUACCAUGUCAAGACGCAGCUAUGCUGGCUCAGUCCACCAUGAACGGAGGGGAUCGAAGUUCCGUGUGUCCGAUGAGGACCUAAUGAACUAUGUGUUCCGUGUCGCAUAUCUGAGCUAUCAGCUGCAGCCAAAGCCUGUAGAGGUUCAUGCCGAGGAGGAAGCGAAGACCUCAGAUUACUCCGCUCGAAUACAGGGAGCCCUUCACAACUCCAUCUUCUCUAUUGGCGAUCUCUUUAAGGACCUUCGGGAUGGUCAGAAGUCCGUAAAGUUUCCAAAGGAUCUGCUGAAGGUGCUGGAGCAGAAGCUGCAGAAUAUUGCGAUGGGCAAGGACCCGGCAUACUCUGACCAGCUCACGCGGAGAACUAUGGCUGUCUUCUACGGGCAAGUGAAGGACGAAAACUUUAGACGACAAAUGAAGGAGAAUCGCAAGAUCGAAGAGCUCAUCCUUAUGUUUGCAACGAACGCUACGAACGUCCUGAAGAAGGAGCCUUCCUUGGCAGGCGAUGGAUGGAAACUCGAAGUGAACAACCACAUCGCUUACUUCAUUCGCCUGCUGAGGGAAUGCAUGCGGCAAGUCAGCCAUGUGCCACCAGAAUUAACGGCGCGGCUGGAUAUGUACGCAGCGAAGCUCACGCCAUCACAAGCUCCCAGCGACUCUGGUUACGACUCGUCUUCAACGCGUGAUUCCAUGGUAUCCCCAAAGCGGGUCAGCCAGAACAUCUCCGACAUGCCAUUACUCUUGACUGCCGCACACCUGUUCAAGUUGCCGGAGUCCGCAAUACAACAAGAGAUGCAAGAGCUCGGCAAGUACUGUACUCCGAAGGCUGCUCUCACAGAUCUGAAGACAUGUCUCAAGAACAUCAAUGCCGGUGCGGCUUUCCCUGGUCGCCGCGAAGACUUCGAGAGCGAGGCAGCCUGGCAAUACUGGCGAACACUCGAGACAUCUCACCUCUCGCAACUCAUGCUUGUCAUGGUACAGAUCAACCCCGAGAUUGCGAAGGGUCCUUCCUCAACACCUCCCCCCUCCGCCGGCCCGAAUGGGCGGCCAGGAUCCAUUUACUCACAACGGUCUACCAGGCCAGACUCCUUCUAUGCUGCAGGCACGUCACAACGACAUGCGUCGAUCAGCAGCAGGCAUUCCCUGCACCACUCCAACAGCAUCACCGCCGACGACUUCGGCAAUAUCGGCGAGGAGGUAGAUGGCGACGAAGACAUCCCCGUCGGGCACCACUUCACCUUCAUCCCGCCGAACCCGCGCAAGUAUUACAAGCGGCUGCUGGAGCACUGUCUCCUCGCGGACCUCGAGGCGAUGCUCAGCCCGUCGGUAGGUGACGACGACGAGGUCUCGCUGGGGAUCCUCUCGGGGACACACAUCGAGCUAAUCAACGAGGUCGCGCUGCGGUGGCGGAUAGGCCAGCCGUAUCGCGUGACGUGCUUCCUGGACCUCGUGAGGCAGUUCUAUGAGCGGAAUGAGGUGCCGCUGGAGUGCAUCCCCGAGGCGCUGCAGAACAUCCAGAAGGUCCUCAGCGAGGUCGAGCUGGAGAAGUGGCCUAUGCAAGAUCAUGACUACCUCGCUCAGGUUUAUGGCAGCCUCUUCAGCAUAUUCCUCUCUUCCCUCUACCACGCCAUGGAAGCCAUCCCGAACUUGAAACAGUCUGAGGUGGCGCCGUACAUCCACAUCCUUGAGGUAGUUCGCGCAAGUGGGUUGCUCGAGAAGUACGAUGUCGAUGUCGCCGCUCGGAUCGCCGACGUCCAAGAACAGGUGCGGACCGUGGCCGCGCGCUACUACGGGCAGAAGCGGGAAGAGCUGCACGCAACACCAGGUGUGAACAAGGCGCUUCCACAUCUGCUAAUGACAGAUGAGAUCGAGAAGGCCGCGAAGUUGCUGGACAAGCGGUUCCCUGAGCCUCUACUCGGGUACGCUCAAUUGGACAUCGUGUCAUUAGUGGUCGAUAUCCAGGUGCCGCACUUUAUCAUGGAUCUGGACGACUCGCGGAAACGACUGUUCGAAGACUCCAUGAAUGGGCCGACACCUGACGUCCCGAUCCAGGACAUCUUCGCGCUUUAUCGACGUACGAAGACGUUGUUGGCCAUGCACAAGGCGUUCGUGCCGAAUGGGGAAAUCCAGUUCGACCUCGGGGGCUUCUUCCAGCCGUACGUACAGCAAUGGCUUGUCAAUACCGAUAACAAGACAGCCCAGUGGGUCCAAGCUGCUAUUGAUGCGGAUAAAUUCCAACCAGAAGGCUCAGAAGGGCACAGUUCGUCGAUUAUUGAUCUCUUCGACUCCUUGCGGAGUCCGAUCACUUUCCUCGAGGAGUUGGAAUGGUCGGACGAAUACCAGGAGGCGAGGUUCUUCACGAGCUUGUCAAAGACCAUCAGCAAGGCUAUCGACCAGUACUGCCGAAGCGUCGAGGAGCUCUUCAUGACGGAGAUGUUCCCACGGCCGACCGACCACCUUCAGCCGCAAAAGUCAUCCGCCUGGCUCGAGAGGGCCAGGCAGCUCGCGGCCGUCGGGGAGAAGAAGGUCGAGGCGUUCACGUUCCAGCCCGAGUCAUGCGUGAAGCUGAACAACGUCGAGGCCGCGCGAAGACUGCUAGACCAGAUGUACGUGCAGAUGCAGGCGGACAAGAAGGCGGAGGUCCUGCAGCAGGUGCCGCCCGUGCCAGAGAAGGCGGAGCGGACUGAUCGCUUCCUGUUCACGGCGAAGAUCUGCAUCGCGGAGGGCUUGGUUCCUCUGGACACGAGCCCCUCGUCGAAGCUGGACACCUUCGUCACCCUGAGCGAUGAGCAGGGCCACCGGCUGGCGAAAACGCGGACUAUCUACGAGACGCUUAGUCCCCGAUGGGACGAAACGUUCGACAUCUCAGUGGAGAAGCCGCUCUGGCUCAUGGUCAGCGUUCGCGACCGUGCGCUAGUUGGCAAGCAUGACACCGUCGGGCGAGCCUACAUAUGCCUCGACCCGCGGCGAUACGGCGACUUCCUGACCCAUGACCAAUGGAUGGAUCUGGACAGCACAGGGCGGAUAUUGCUGCGUAUCAGCAUGGAGGGCGAGAAGGACGACCUGCAGUUCUACUUUGGGCGUGCCUUCCGGUCACUCAAGCGUGCGGAGAGUGACAUGGUCCGGGUCUUCAUUGACAAGGUCUCGCCCUUCAUCCGGCAAUGCCUGUCGCGGACGGUGCUCAAGACGCUCGUCAAGUCUGCGAGCGGGAGCAUCGACUACAACAAGGCGCUGGGGAACGUGACGGCGCUGUUCGGGCAGGCGCUGGGGCAGAACAACGCGGAGGUGAUGAUCCCGCUGCCGCAGUCGGAGAAGCCGCGCAUCAGGCCUGAGGCGCUGACGGACAUGGAGAUCGAGCAGGCGAUCGCGCCGCUGUUCGACUAUCUGGACGCGAUCCUGCCGACGUUCAACACGUAUCUGAGCGAGAGCACGAAGGAGAUGGUGAUGACGCGCGUGUGGAAGGAGAUCCUGAACGUGAUCGAGGGCCUGCUCAUCCCGCCGCUGUCGGACAUCUCGAGCGACAUGAAGCCGCUCUCGGACAAGGAGGUCGAUAUCGUGUUCAAGUGGCUCAAGUUCUUGCGAGAUUACUUCUACGCGGGCGGAGAGGGGCCUGUGCCCCUGGAAUCGCUCCAGAACCAGAAGUACCGCGACGUGCUGUCCAUCCGGCUCUACUACGACUGGCACACCGACGCGCUGAUGGAGGAGUGCGUGCGGAUGAUGCAGCAGAGCCUGCGCGCGUCGCCGGCGGUGAAGAAGCGCGCCAAGUCGGUGUACCAGCAGCGCAACCUCGGGACGAUCAAGAAGCGCAAGAAGGAGAAGCAGGAGGAGAAGGAGGUCAACAACGGCGAGACCAUCCUGCGGAUCCUCCGCAUGCGGCCGGGCACGUCGGACUUCAUCGCACAGCAGCUGCACGCGAUGACGAGCCUGCAGGCGGAGCGCGAGGCGCAGGAGCAGGAGGCCGCGCGGCGCAAGGCGGCGCGCCCGCGCCAGGGCCAGCACCCGUCCGUGCCCGCGAUCCCGCCGUUGCCGCCGCUCCCGCCCAAGUCGCCUGUGUAGGCCGCGCGCGGGGACGAGGACGAGGGGCGAGGGGUGGGGAGGGGGACUGGACUGAUACCUUGCAUAGUCUAAGUAUACCAGAGACUUUUGUUGCGCUUGUGUUGGUUUUUCUUGUUCGUGUGCAUACCUACCUACCUAUUUGUUAGUCGUGCUGAUGUUGCUGCUGCUUCGGUCCCUUUUUUAUGCAAGCUCUUUUUCUGGCUCGGAUGCUCGUAUAUCUGUGCUGCGUGAUGCGCAAUGGGACUGGCUAGUUUUGCGGGCGUGCGCUCGAGGCUUUCCUAGGUCUCACUCGAAAUCAAAGCAGUCCGACG